AUGAGGGUUUCGGACUAUGAACUUCAAGAAGAUGAAUGUUUCAAAAUAAAUACCGGUGCCCCAAUUCCAAAUCAUGCAGACUGUGUUAUUCAAAUAGAAGACACUAAACUUUUGCGUACUACAAAACAGGGCAAUGAAGAUUUAGUGGAGAUCUUGGUUGAACCUAAGGCUAAUCUAGAUAUAAGGCCGAUUGGAUGUGACCUAAGAAAAGGCACUCAACUCUUUCCUAGCGCCGAUCAUUCCGAAGUUGUGGUUAAAUCAAUUUUAGCUUCUGUUGGAAAAACUAUUCAAUUUAAGAAACCAAAAAUAGCUGUUAUUUCCACUGGCAGUGAACUUCUAGCCCCAGAUGAUGUGGAAGUUUCGGGUAAAAUCUACGAUUCAAAUACAACAAUGCUGGAAGAAUUGUUGGCCUAUUUUAAUUUCGAUUGCAUGAUGAAGAGUGUCUUGAGAGAUGAUUUCGAGUCACUUAAAGCUGCAGUUGAAGAAAUUUAUCAAUCAGUAGAUUUCAUUAUUUGCAGUGGAGGUGUUUCAAUGGGCGAUAAAGAUUAUAUAAAACCGGUUUUAGAGAAACUAGGUUUUCAAAUUAAUUUUGGACGAAUUAAUAUGAAACCUGGAAAACCCAUGACCUUUGCAUCAAAUACUAGUAACGGAAAAUAUUUCUUUGGUCUACCAGGAAAUCCAGUAUCAGCUUUUGUAACAUUUCAUUUGUUUGCACUGCCAGUCAUUCGUUGGGCUUCCGGUUGGGAGAGGGAUAAAUGCGAGUUGGCAACAAUUCAAGUUACUCUUCAAAACGAUAAUAUUGAUCUUGAUCCUAGACCCGAAUAUGUUCGUGCUUCGGUAACUAGUAAAAAUGGACGUCUCUAUGCUUCAGUCAAUGGAAAUCAAAUUAGCAGUAGACUACAAAGCAUUAUUGGUGCUGAUGUUCUUGUUCAUUUGCCGGGAAAAACGCCAGAAAAACCAGUUGCAUCGGCCGGUGACAUUUUGAGAGCAUCUGUUUCGGACUAUGAACUUCAAGAAGAUGAAUGUUUCAAAAUAAAUACCGGUGCCCCAAUUCCAAAUCAUGCAGACUGUGUUAUUCAAAUAGAAGACACUAAACUUUUGCGUACUACAAAACAGGGCAAUGAAGAUUUAGUGGAGAUCUUGGUUGAACCUAAGGCUAAUCUAGAUAUAAGGCCGAUUGGAUGUGACCUAAGAAAAGGCACUCAACUCUUUCCUAGCGCCGAUCAUUCCGAAGUUGUGGUUAAAUCAAUUUUAGCUUCUGUUGGAAAAACUAUUCAAUUUAAGAAACCAAAAAUAGCUGUUAUUUCCACUGGCAGUGAACUUCUAGCCCCAGAUGAUGUGGAAGUUUCGGGUAAAAUCUACGAUUCAAAUACAACAAUGCUGGAAGAAUUGUUGGCCUAUUUUAAUUUCGAUUGCAUGAUGAAGAGUGUCUUGAGAGAUGAUUUCGAGUCACUUAAAGCUGCAGUUGAAGAAAUUUAUCAAUCAGUAGAUUUCAUUAUUUGCAGUGGAGGUGUUUCAAUGGGCGAUAAAGAUUAUAUAAAACCGGUUUUAGAGAAACUAGGUUUUCAAAUUAAUUUUGGACGAAUUAAUAUGAAACCUGGAAAACCCAUGACCUUUGCAUCAAAUACUAGUAACGGAAAAUAUUUCUUUGGUCUACCAGGAAAUCCAGUAUCAGCUUUUGUAACAUUUCAUUUGUUUGCACUGCCAGUCAUUCGUUGGGCUUCCGGUUGGGAGAGGGAUAAAUGCGAGUUGGCAACAAUUCAAGUUACUCUUCAAAACGAUAAUAUUGAUCUUGAUCCUAGACCCGAAUAUGUUCGUGCUUCGGUAACUAGUAAAAAUGGACGUCUCUAUGCUUCAGUCAAUGGAAAUCAAAUUAGCAGUAGACUACAAAGCAUUAUUGGUGCUGAUGUUCUUGUUCAUUUGCCGGGAAAAACGCCAGAAAAACCAGUUGCAUCGGCCGGUGACAUUUUGAGAGCAUCUGUGCUGCGUUAUGAUUUUAUAUCAAAAUAUGAAUAAUCGUAUCUCGUUGAAUUACUUUAUAUUUAAUCAAUGCAACAAAAAAACUAUUUUUUUUCCAUUUAAAUGGCUUUAUUGGUUCUAAGUAUAAAAUCGAAUUUACUUUUAGUUGUUAUAAAAAUGAUCAAAAAAAGAAAAUAUUUCUUCUACAAAAAUUGGGAACAAAAUUAGAUAUUAAUAAAAUUAAUUAUACACCAUAAAUAUACAAAUAA